GAGCAUGAUCCAUUCAUUCUCAGGCACAGACGGACAGAGAUACAGAUAUGGAGCAGCCGCAGUUUCCCUCAGAGACAGCUAUUGAGGAGUGCGGCAUUUGUUACCUGGACUUCGGCACAGCCAGGAAAGCCCAGUCAUUGGCUGCCUGCGGCCAUGUGAUGUGUUCGAGCUGCCUGCAGCACCUGGUGGCCAAAGACGGCACCGUUACCUGCCCCUACUGCCGGGCGCACUCCGCGUUGCCUAGCGACGACGAAGACGGGUCAUCUGUUGGGUCAGAAAAGGGGCGAAGCCCCAGGAGCUGGUUUAAGAGAUUGUACAAGAAAUCCAAGCGUCGUCGCCAAGGCAGUCUGGCGCAUGAUGACAUCAGAGACUUGGCCAUAAUGAGCUCCUUCUUCAUCUGAGAAUAUUCCGGAUAUGGCAAAAUCCACUCUUCUUCUGAGACCCGUGGAGGCGGAAGAUUCCCGUUUGGGCCGCCAUCUGGAUGCACUUCUGGGAUGCUGGGAGAUUCCUAAUGAUGGGAGGAGCCAUGUGACAAGGCAUUUAUUACUUGGUGGCAUCUCAGCGACAAUCCAGUGGCCUUUAUAGGUCCAUGCAGUGCAUUCUGGGACUAUGGGGCAUUUCCUUUCGCCGCUGGCGGUGACUGAUUUAUUUAUACAUGGCUGAGCGAUACAGAACCCUGUUACUAUGGAGCCCUGUCUGUUGCUACCUGACUAUGUGCACUUAAUUAUUAUUAUUUGUGAUAAGUGACUGUAAUAAGCUAAUUAUUAUCAUUAAGUGUUACCGACGAGCUUGGGAACGAGAGAGUGCAAGCGGAUUCUAUGUUCCUACACAAACACACUUGACUAUUGACUUCUGUGUUGAGUGAAAUAAAGCAGUUUUGUGUCUGUUCCUA